UUUAAAUGGAAUUUCUGGGAGAUCCUUCAAUGAGUGAUGAUGAUAUGAAUAAAGAUCACUUGUUAAUUAAAUGCAGGGAAGUUAUAGAGUCUUUGAACUCAGAGAUUGAGGAAGAACGAAUUGCUUUCAAAAUUGUCAAAGAAGAAAAUGAAAGACUCAAAAGUGUAGAUAGUGAAUUAUACAAGUAUAAGACGGAGUACGAAGAUGUAGUAAAGAGAUUAGAAGAACUUGAAGAGUAUUGUGAAGAGAAUAAGGCUCAAACUCAAGCCUUCUUCGAGAAGGUCAACCUAGAUUUCACUAGAAAAUUAGACCCCUACCUUUGCACAUGUCACGAACUCAAGGCCGAAGGUCUCUCUCCUGAAUAUAAAUGAGUAUAUUGCCUUGCUAACAAGCAAAUCAAGGUUGUUAAGAAUGAACUAAACCAAAAAUUUAAACUUGAAACUGAGAAAAUGCAAGACUCGUUCCAAGCUCACCUGAAAGAGAAGGACACUAAAAUAGAGGAUCAAUCUCUGCAGAUAAAGUCCCUUUCCAAGGAUUUUUCCAAACUCAAGAAGGAAUCAGAGGAAGACAAGAGUAAUAAUGAAAAUCUCAGCUUGAAAGUUGCUGAGCUAGAAUCAGAACUUGAGAAAUCUAAAAUGAAAAAUAAUGAACUUGAAGAUAAGAUCAAGCAUUUCUCUGUUGAGGUUGCAAUGGAUCAUUCCUCUAAGGUUCAAGAGCUCGAAAGCCAGAUAGAGAAAGAGAAAAUGACCUAUCAUGAGACUAAGAUUGAAAUAGCAGAGCUUGAAGAGAAGAUUCAAGGCCUCAAGCAUGAAAACCUCCUGUUGACCUCUAAAGUUGAGGAGAUGAACUUCAAUGAUAUCGAGCUAAAUGAGAAAAUAAAGAAGCUUCAGCAAGAUUAUGAGAAUCAAAUGGAUGAUCUCUCCGCUUCCAAACAAGAGUUGAGGAAUAAAUGGAAGGAGAAAUAUAAACAUGUUGGAAAAGAACUAGACAUCUCAAACCAAAAGAUCCAUGAAUUACAAGAGCAGGUUGAGGAACAAGAAAGGAUUAUCACUGAAAAGCAGAAAGAAGUUGACACCAUCCAGUAUAUGGAGGCUGACCUGAGUAACUCCCAUGAACAGAUUGAAGCUCUCAAGCAUAAUAUUUCUGAACUAGAAAAGCAGCUAAAGGAUAAAUCAAAGUUGGUGCAUCAUCAGAAGAGCAUGAUCAACAAGCUUGCUUCUGAAAAAGAUGACUUUGCUCUCGAACUAGAGAAGCAACAAAAGCUAUUUGAGGUCUCAAUCAAUGAGAAAAAUAGCAAAAUCGAACACCUGAAGGUCAUGAUCGAGAAGUACAAGAAAGUUGUUGACAAAGCAGAUGAGAAGCUCAAGCAGCUGCCUCAAGAGUUCGCCCUAGAGAUGAUGACAGUCAAGAAGAAGCUUAAGAGAGAUAAAGAAGCCCAAGAGGAGAUCAGAAAGCUCAAAAGAGAAUUGUUAGAGAAGGAGCUUGAGUGGAAGAGACAGAUCUCUAACUUCAAGAGCCAGGAGGUCAAGGCUCCACUGACUGAAUGGGACAUGAACAGCUUCAAUUCUAACGCCCAAGAUAUUAUAUUUAGGAAGAUGAAUUUGAAGAAAUAAAGGACUGAG